AUCUAGGAAGGGCGGGGCAAGAAACAGCAAACGAAGGGUGCUUCUGGCCUAGCGGACAAUCCUGUCUGAAUUCAGGUCAUUUCGGGUGGCUUAAUGUCGCAAAACGGAGCUGAUCCUGAGCAGAGCCAGCAGGCGUCAGAAGCGGAUGCCAUGGCAGUGACCUUCCGGGCGAGCGAACACCAGCAUAUUCGCUACAAUCCGCUCCAGGACGAGUGGGUGUUAGUGUCGGCCCAUCGCAUGAAGCGGCCCUGGCAAGGACAAGUGGAGCCUCAGCCUUUGGAGACAGUGCCUCGCCAUGACCCACUCAACCCGCUGUGUCCCGGGGCCACACGAGCCAACGGGGAGGUAAAUCCACUCUAUGAUGGCACCUUCCUGUUUGACAAUGACUUCCCAGCUCUGCAGCCCAAUGCUCCAGAUCCAGGACCCAGUGAUCAUCCUCUUUUCCGUGCAGAGGCCGCCAGAGGAGUUUGUAAAGUCAUGUGCUUCCACCCCUGGUCGGAUGUGACGCUGCCACUCAUGUCCAUCCCUGAGAUCCGAGCUGUCAUCGAUGCCUGGGCCUCAGUCACAGAGGAGCUGGGUGCCCAGUACCCUUGGGUGCAGAUCUUUGAAAACAAAGGAGCCAUGAUGGGUUGUUCUAACCCCCACCCCCACUGCCAGGUCUGGGCCAGCAGCUUCCUGCCAGAUGUUGCCCAGCGUGAAGAGCGAUCUCAGCAAAGCUUUCACAGCCAGCAUGGAAAGCCUCUGUUGUUGGAAUAUGGCCACCAAGAGCUCCUCAGGAAGGAACGCUUGGUCCUAUCCAGUGAGCAUUGGCUCGUCCUGGUCCCCUUCUGGGCAGUGUGGCCUUUCCAGACUCUACUGCUGCCCCGGCGGCAUGUGCGGCGGCUGCCUGAGCUGACCCCUGCUGAACGUGAUGAUCUAGCUUCCAUCAUGAAGAAGCUCUUGACCAAAUAUGACAACCUAUUUGAGACAUCUUUUCCCUACUCCAUGGGCUGGCAUGGGGCUCCCACGGGAUUAAAGACAGGAGCCACCUAUGAGCACUGGCAACUGCAUGCGCAUUACUACCCCCCACUGCUACGUUCUGCUACUGUCCGCAAGUUCAUGGUCGGCUAUGAAAUGCUUGCCCAGGCUCAGCGGGACCUAACUCCUGAACAGGCUGCAGAAAGAUUAAGGGCGCUCCCUGAGGUACAUUAUCGCCUGGCAAAGAAAGACAAGGAAACAGCAACCAAGGCUUGACUUGUGAUGACAGCAGAGCCUUGAAUCUUUCUGCCCGAGAGAACUGGGACCUGGAGUUUGGGCAACUGUGACAUCAAUAAAAACUCCAUCUCAGAUUUCAA